AUGGCAGCGACGGCAUACAUGCAAGACGACCAGACUCAUCAACAUGCCCACGGUAUACCGUCGGAGCCCUUACCCUUUCACCAAGCCGGCAACAGCGCCUUGAACGACAUGCUCGAUUGGCCAGAUCCUUUCUCAGGCGUAGAAGGCCAGGUGGACUUCUCUUUGAACAACCCUAACGCCGCACUUGGGGGGUCCACGGAAGGCGAUUAUUUCCCCUCAAUUUCUGAACCUGUGACGACAAACGCUCGAGAUGAUGGAAUAUCUUUCAACAGGCUGGGCUCUUUGAUAUCAAGUCCAAUGUCUUCCUUGCCAGCUUUUCAUCGCAAUGUGCAAGACAUUGGUUCCUCUCAAUUCCUCGGUGAAGACUCGCUGAUCACUGGUUCUUUACCUGACAUGUAUUCCCAGGACUCAGACCCUAAACUAUUACCGAGAGCUCCAGAGAUCAUAGAGACAGCUGGCCAAAAGCGAAAGUAUCAGGAAUCUCAGAAUACAGUUGGCCGCAACAUCAGCCUGAAGGCGCCCGCUCAAGGAGUCGAGCCAUUGGCGAAGACUUCUUUGUCCAAGGAGCUCAAUUCUACCACGAUUACGGUUUCUCACCUAUGGAUAGCGAAGCACCCAGGGCGAAAGCCAACAUAUCAUCAGAGUUCAUGCUUGAGCUAUAUAUUUAACGACUCCCCAUAUGGUCUCCAAGAUUUCUUCAAUCGCCAAGCAAAUUUACAUGCAAUUGACUGCAGUCAGGUUCCGCCAUCGCUUGUAAGCCAAAAGACUCCGGAUUUCAUCACAAUGACAGCAUGUAUACAAUGGCAACACCAAAAUGGAGCCAUAAUUCCGGAUGACUUCAUUGUUGCGUGUAUGAGCCACGCGUUCGACUGUCCAAAACAUCUCCUGAAUGAUUGGUUCAUACGCAAUUGCUCUUCAACGAGGAGCCCUUCGCUUGAGUCAGGCAAUAAUCCAGAUGCAAAAGCAAGACCCCUUGUAGCAACAUACUUUAGACAUCACUCGCGAUUUUGCCUCCAGAAAUCAGAUUCGGAUAGCCCCCCUAUCAAUCUGAGCCGAGAUCCUACCCGACCAAUUAUGUGUACAUGUCGCUGCGGUGAAAGGUUCUCGGUAAAAGAAAAAACGGAUUGGAUACGUCACGAAAUCAGAAAUCGUCGAAAGGAUCUCUUUUUCUGUGGGCUACAAGACUGCAAAUAUAAAGCCCCACAUCGGCGUGUGUGCCUUCGCAGAGACAAUUACAGGUCGCACUUGCGCGGAAUCCACAACAUUACGCUGAGCAAUGCUGAGAUGGACGCACAAAAACUCAAGCUCGGCGAUUGUUUCGAAGAGAGAUGCAUAUUUCACAACUGUCGACAGUGGUGCUCCUCGUGGAACCUAUGGCUCGAACAUAUUUCAAAGCAUUUUGAAGACCCCUGGGAGCCCUCCGAGUGGCAAGAUUCUAGCAGCAUGUAUCGCUCUCGCCGCGAGGGCAACAGUUAUUUUGAAGCUAGAGGAGACGAAUUCGAUGGCAGUGGCAAUGGUAAUGGUAAUAAUAGCGGCAAUCACAGUGCAAGUGGAAAUGGUAGUGGUAGUGGUAACGGUACGAGCAAUAAUGAUGCAGACACACAGCAGCAGGGAGGAAAUGAUGCUGGCAGCAGCUCGAACCCUUCGGAAAACAACAGGGAACGGAACUUCGCCUUUGAGAACAACGGCAGUAAGUACAACCAAAUGAUUAUUCUCUCAGGCGAAGCAUCAGCAGCCUUGACACAGUAA